AAGCGAUAACCAAGCAUACUGAGACAGGUGUUCUUUAUUUUCUUUUUUUCUACGCAGGGGAUUUGGGAAACAAGGAUUCCAGUGCCAAGUUUGCUGUUUUGUGGUUCAUAAGAGAUGCCAUGAGUUCGUUACCUUCUCUUGUCCUGGAGCUGACAAGGGACCUGACACUGAUGAUCCCAGGAGCAAGCACAAAUUUAAGAUCCACACCUAUGGGAGCCCAACCUUCUGUGACCACUGUGGGUCCCUUCUUUAUGGGCUCCUACACCAAGGGAUGAAAUGUGACACUUGUGAUAUGAAUGUGCAUAAGCAAUGUGUGAUAAACGUCCCGAGCCUCUGUGGCAUGGAUCACACUGAGAAAAGGGGAAGGAUUUAUCUGAAGGCUGAAGUCACUGGUGACAAACUGGAAGUAACAGUGCGAGAAGCAAAAAAUCUAAUUCCCAUGGAUCCAAAUGGGCUUUCAGAUCCUUAUGUUAAACUGAAACUUAUCCCAGAUCCCAAGAAUGAAAGUAAACAAAAAACAAAAACCUUCCGUUCUACCCUGAAUCCACACUGGAAUGAGUCAUUCACAUUUAAAUUAAAACCUACAGAUAAAGAUCGACGGCUCUCUGUAGAGGUCUGGGACUGGGAUCGAACAACCAGGAAUGAUUUUAUGGGCUCUCUUUCAUUUGGGGUGUCAGAGCUCAUGAAAAUGCCAGCCAGUGGAUGGUACAAGCUACUGAAUCAAGAAGAAGGUGAAUAUUAUAAUGUUCCAAUUCCAGAUGCUGAUGAAGAUGGAAAUGCAGAGCUCCGGCAGAAGUUCGAGGGUAAAAGAACGGGCCGAGAUAAGAAAGCCAAACUUGGGCCAGCUGGUAACAAAGUCAUUACUCCGUCAGAAGACAGGAGUUCAAGUGUGCCAUCCAACAAUCUGGACAGGGUGAAGCUGACAGAUUUCAACUUUCUUAUGGUUCUUGGAAAAGGAAGCUUUGGAAAGGUGAUGUUGGCGGACAGGAAGAAUACAGAGGAGCUCUAUGCAAUCAAAAUACUGAAAAAAGAUGUGGUGAUUCAGGAUGAUGAUGUUGAGUGUACAAUGGUUGAAAAACGAGUGCUAGCACUGCAGGAUAAACCACCAUUCCUAACACAGCUUCACUCUUGUUUCCAAACAGUUGACCGCCUGUAUUUCGUUAUGGAGUAUGUGAAUGGUGGGGAUCUCAUGUACCACAUUCAGCAAGUAGGGAAAUUUAAGGAGCCACAAGCAGUGUUCUAUGCAGCUGAGAUCUCAGUUGGGUUAUUCUUUCUCCACAAUAGAGGGAUUGUUUAUAGAGAUCUGAAAUUGGAUAAUGUGAUGUUGGAUUCAGAAGGACACAUUAAAAUUGCUGACUUUGGAAUGUGCAAAGAACAUAUGUUAGAUGGAGUAACAACCAGGACCUUCUGUGGCACCCCAGACUACAUUGCACCAGAGAUCAUUGCUUACCAGCCGUAUGGGAAGUCUGUGGAUUGGUGGGCAUAUGGAGUGCUGCUCUACGAGAUGUUAGCUGGCCAGCCUCCAUUUGAUGGAGAAGACGAAGAUGAACUUUUCCAGUCCAUAAUGGAACAUAAUGUUUCCUAUCCAAAAUCACUGUCCAAAGAAGCUGUCUCCAUCUGCAAGGGGCUAAUGACAAAACAUCCCGCAAAGCGCCUUGGCUGCGGCCUCGAGGGUGAAAGAGACAUCAGGGAACAUGCUUUCUUCAGGAGAAUUGACUGGGAGAAACUGGAAAACAGAGAGAUCCAGCCACCUUUCAAGCCCAAAGUGUGUGGCAAAGGUGCUGAAAACUUCGAUAAAUUCUUCACACGAGGACAGCCGGUGUUAACCCCGCCGGACCAGCUGGUCAUUGCUAACAUAGAUCAAUCUGAUUUUGAAGGGUUCUCCUAUGUCAACCCCCAGUUUGUACAUCCCCUCCUAGAAAAUGUAGCAUGAAACAGCAGAACAGGAACAAAUCCUGCGGUAGGGAACGGUUCUUAACCCUAAAAUUGUUAGGUUUUUGCCUUGAUUCCAUUUGGGCCUGAAAAUUAUAGGGUUAAAAAGUGUAAGAUGGGGGGAAAGGCCACUUAGUGAGAAUUUUGGCUUUGCAACCGAAACGUCUUAACGGGAGAUAAAUUAGCGUACGGUGCCCAUUUCUCCUACUAGAAGUCUCCACUGACUCGUCUGAAGUUCCCUGUUUUUGGUACGUUCUAUAGUUUUGUAGCUCCCCACUGUCCUUUUGCUCCGUUUUUCACUCCGCUGCUGUUACAAAUAAUCCAAGACCCGACCUGAGAAGCACCUCCAGUACUCAGUCCUUGCAGGGGACCAGAGCUCCCCGCUCCUAAGGGCGCCAUGGGGAGAGCAGAGCAUGGGACUGGAGAGCGCCGGGGAGGAGAGGCAUUGCAGAAUGUGGUGGAAAGCAGUUGUUACCAAAACCUGGCAAAUAAAUACGAGUUGGGAGUGGGAGGGUGGGGGGAUGAAAUCCGAUUAGAGCCCAAAGCUUUGUGAACCAAUCCUGUAAGCAACACAGAAUUUAAAUGCUCUCCGGCAGUGGCCAGAUCUCUAGAUCUUUGCUAAGUAGCAUGUGAUAAACUCAAGGGUGAAGUUUUGUCUUUAAUAAUAAUAAUAGUAAUAAUUUUAAUAAUAUUUUUGUGAAUUUUAAUCUCCGUGAGAUUAUUCUGUGAUCCAGGGUGCCAUUGUUUGUUCAGUUGAUUUCAUUUACACCACUCCUCAAGCUCACUGUUGACUGGUUCUACUAACAUCAAUGUUUUAUUACAAAGUUUGUUAACCUGGAAUGUAAAACAGAACUGUAAUCCCUUACAUCUUAUUUACGUGCGUGUGUUUGUAGUCUGCAAUAUAGGGCAGUAAAUUGAAGGAAGUAUUGUGUAUGCUAAAUUAACAAAAACAUAACAGUCCCAGGUGACUUCCUGAUUUGUCCAGAACAACUCAUGAAAAUUAAUUGAGAUUUAGUCCUACAAUAAUCAGUUUUAACUCAGAAAACUUGGGGCUGUACAAUAAUCAAGCUUGAAAGAAGCACCUAAAGCUUGUUUUAUUGAUAGAAUGGAAUUUAAUACAUUUUACAUAUGCUUCAUGCAAUGAAUUUUGCAUGUUUAGUAAUAACUCUUAAUAAUAAGAGUUAAUAAUAAGCAGUUCUAUAUUGACAUAAUCAUAUCAAGCAUACAGAGUAUUAUAAAAGUUUUAUAAAAAUUGUGCUUUAUUUGUGGAAGUACUUGUUCUGAACAACAUCAUUUAGGUUUAGCUAAAUGUUUUCUCGCUGUUGUUUUGGGUUGUUUUUUUCUAGUUUUUGGAUAUUGUUAAUGACUUAGGGUAUCAUCUGUUUUUUUAAAUGUAGAUCUACUUUUAAACAAUAACUGCUACCUGCAGGUUUUAUACAAUUUCAAUUAGGCUUUCAUUUCAUGUCUGCUGAUUACUUACAGGGAAGGAAAUAGAUUUUAUUUGCAAUGAUGAACACUGUAAUUAAUGCAAUCUUCUCCUCUCCUAUCUCACUUAGAUACAAAUUUUGAUAUUUCCUCUUAACAACUUACCAGAAUAUCUUAAUUCAAAUAUCAGUAAAUAUUUUUGUGCUUACUUUGGUUUUGUUACAGCAUGUAAAAUAGUAGGCGGUGCGUUUUCCUUUUUUCCCUUCUGCCUUGUCAAUGGUAGCAGCCAUAGGCACUCUUUGUCUGUCAGAUGUGCAUGACGAUGCCAGAAGCAUGAUGUCUCUGUUGCUGCAUGCAGACUGAAUACAGUUUUUCCAGCAUGUAAACAUAAUCAAAAAGUCAGAUAUUUGCCAUAAAAGACUUACAUUUAUACUAGAAUAUGUAACCGGAGGGUGGGGGUGGGAGGGAGGGGAGGAAUCUACUUUCUAAUCAUCUUUUAUUACAAUAAAACAUUGAGCCUGUGCCAAAGAUUCUGCCAGAAAGAUCCAGUCCUGCAGAUUGGAUGGCGAUGAUGUGCAGGAGUGACCCCGUGGCACAUGGGACAAUUUGUGAGCAAACCGCGGUCGGAUGUGAACAGAAGCAUCUGUGCGGUGCUCCUGCACCACGAAUGCCUUCCGAAGCCGUCCUUUGGCGCCUGGGAUUUGCAGCACUCCAGUUGUGUGAGCAGCCCUGCUCCCUUCGUGGUCGCAGCCCUAAGGUUGGAGCAUCCCCAGGGAGGGCUCAGCCCAUGGUGGAUGGACCCAGCGCUGACACAUGGCAUCCCCCAACGAACAGCUCCCCAGAUUGUUGCCUAAAUAAACAGAACUCAAACAUGUUUUAACAUAUUUUAGGAGUACCAUUUUUCAACUAUCCAGUGGCAAAUAUGUCAUCAGCCAAGUCUGGGCAUUCGUUUUUCUCUUUGUGUAUUAUAUACCUGAAGAUUAUGGUAUGUUGUUCGCCAUAAAGCAUGUGGACUAAUGCAGCA